GCCCAGAACGCCGCGCCGCGCCGCGCCGCCAGGGUCCCGACGCCCGCGUCCCCGCCGAGCCGUCGAGAUGGGUGAAUCAAAUGAAGACAUCGAUCAAAUGUUCAGCAAUUUGUUGGGAGAGAUGGAUCUUCUCACCCAGAGUUUAGGAGUCGACACCCUCCCUCCUGCGGAACCCAAACCCCCCGGAGCCGAAUUCAAUUACAGUGUGGGUUUUAAGGACUUAAAUGAGUCCUUAAAUGCACUGGAAGACCAAGAUUUAGAUGCUCUCAUGGCAGAGCUGGUUGCAGACAUUAGUGAAGCUGAGCAGAGGACAAUCCAGGCACAGAAAGAGUCCACGCAGAGUCAUUGUCAUUCCGAGUCUCUGGAGGUACCAAAUUGCAGAGCAUCAGAAUCACUUAAUUUCGAAGAGAAUGUUGCUGCAGUCAGCACUAGCCAGUAUGAUGAUGACCUGCCACCCCCACCAACUGAUCCUAUAUUAGACCUUCCUCUGCCGCUGCCACCUCCUCAACCUCUCUCUCGGGAAGAAGAGGAAGCCCAAGCCAAGGCCGAUAAGAUAAAGCUUGCAUUGGAAAAGCUGAAGGAAGCCAAGGUUAAGAAGCUCGUGGUUAAGGUGCACAUGAAUGACAGCAGCACAAAGUCCCUCAUGUUGGAUGAGCGGCAAUUGGCCCGGGAUAUUCUAGACAACCUUUUUGAGAAAACGCAUUGUGACUGCAAUGUAGACUGGUGUCUUUAUGAAAUAUACCCAGAACUGCAGAUUGAAAGGUUUUUUGAAGACCAUGAGAAUGUUGUUGAAGUCCUAUCAGACUGGACAAGAGACACAGAAAACAAAGUGUUGUUUUUGGAAAAAGAAGAAAAAUACGCUGUAUUUAAAAACCCCCAGAAUUUUUACUUGAACAACAAAGGGAAAAAAGAAAACAAAGGAGCAGUGGAGAAAAUGAAUGCCAAGUACAAAGAAUCCUUACUUGAGGAAAGUUUCUGUGGAACAUCUGUCAUUGUACCAGAACUUGAAGGAGCUCUUUAUUUGAAAGAAGAUGGAAAGAAGUCUUGGAAAAGGCGCUAUUUUCUUUUGCGGGCUUCUGGAAUUUAUUAUGUGCCCAAAGGAAAAACUAAGACAUCUCGAGAUUUGGCUUGUUUCAUACAGUUUGAAAAUGUCAACAUUUACUAUGGGAUUCAGUGUAAAAUGAAAUAUAAGGCACCCACUGACCACUGCUUUGUUCUAAAGCAUCCUCAGAUUCAGAAGGAGUCCCAGUAUAUUAAGUAUCUCUGCUGUGAUGACGCAGGAACACUAAGCCAAUGGGUCACAGGAAUCAGGAUUGCCAAGUAUGGAAAGACCCUCUAUGAAAACUACCAGCGGGCUGUGGCAAAGGCUGGGCUUGCCUCUCGGUGCACAAACCUGGGCGCUGUCAAUGGAGCUACCCCAGCACCUCCUCCUGCAGGAAUUAAAGCAGGCCCCAGGCAGGCCAAUGGUCAGAUUCCCCAGGCAGCCCCUUCUGUGAGUGCGGCUCUGCAGGACGCCCAGAGGCACAGUGAAGUGACCAAGGACAAGCAGCCAGCCGCUGGCGGGAUGCACCAGCCGGGAGCGCACAGGGUCCAGCAGCCCCCCAAAGCCAGCCAGCCGCCGCCCCCUCCCGUGAGACGCUCCUCAGAGGCCUGCAACAGCCCUGCCACAGCCCGCAACGCCCCAGGGAGCAGCCCGGUGAUCGCCUCCAAGACCAAGGGCCUGGGCUUCCCCGCCCCGCCCGAGGAGGACCUGCCGCCGCCACCGCCCCCGCCGCCCGUGGGGGACGACGACCCGCUGCCCCCACCGCCCCCCGAUUUCAUCGAUCCACCUCCGGACUUUGUGCCGCCCCCACCUCCCGCAUCGUCCGCGGGGGAUGCAGGCUCCUUGCCCCCGCCGCCCCCGCCGCCGCCCUCUCUCUCCCCGACCCUGACAAAGCCGGCCUCCGUGGCAGCCAAAAGGCCUCCCGUCCCCCCGAAAAGGCAGGAGAACCCAGGACCCCCCAGCAGCGGUGGCGGGAGCGGGGAACAAGAUUUCAUGUCAGAUCUCAUGAAGGCUUUGCAGAAGAAAAGAGGCGCCGUGCCCUAAGGGAACACCCUGGGUGACUGUUCCCAGACAGCGGUACCUUAUUUGGAGCUACAGUGUCUUGGGAGGGUUGGUCUGGGAGGGUCAUACCCAGCGAUGUUCAGGGUAUGAAUGCCUGACUCGGUACUGAGGAAUUUUUUUUUUUUUUUUGGCUUUUUGGCUCACACCUGGCGAUGCACAGGGGUUACUCCUGGCUCUGCACUCAGGAAUUACCCCUGGCUGUGCUCAGGGGACCAUAUGGGAUGCUGGGAUUUGAACCCGGGUCGGCCGCGUGCAAGGCAAACACCCUACCCUCUGUACUAUCUCUCCAGCCCCAUCGGUACUGAGGAAUUAUUUCUGCUCGUGCUCAGAGAACCAUAUGGGAUGCCUGAGAUCAACCCUGGUGGCCCCCACUUAUACUUUUUUUUUAAUUAAAUCAGGUGAGAUACACAUUUACAAAGCUGUUGCUGAUGCGUUGAAGUCAUACAAUGUUCUAACACCCAACCCUUUACCAGUGUAUAUUUCCCACCACCAAUGUCCCAGUUUCCCUCCCACCUGCCUCCCAUCCCCACCAGCACACACGCACACCCUCCUUCUGGGCAUUAUUAUGUUUUGCAAUAUUGCAUUAUAGGUACUAAGAAGUUAUUAUGUAUAUCCUUUUACCUACUUUCAGCACUCAGUUCUUGUCCCAGUUGAUCAUUUUCUUGUUAUCAUUGGUUUGCUAUAGGUCCCUUCUCUAUCCCAACUGCCCUCCCUGUACCCUUCUAUUUGUGGCAAACUUCUGUGUACAUUUUAAACUGUGUUGGUGGAUUUUGACUAGAAAUGAAGUCGAACUUCUCACGGUUGCGCCCUUACAUUCAUAACCCCCAGCAUAGAAUCUACUGUAAUUGCGUAAAUAUACGUAACUUUAUUAUGUAUUUCUUCUCAAAUGGAAUUCAUCUUCACUUCCAAAUGUUGUGCUCCUUUAUUAUGUUCAGAGGCAUCAAAUUAAUAAAUGUUUGCCAGGGACAAAGAGAUAUUACAGUGGGUAGGUCAACCUGGAUUCAAUCCUCGGCAUCCCAUAUGGUCCCCCCAGCACCACGGAGUAAGUUCAGGGCGCAAAGCCAGGAGUAACCCCUGAGUAUCAGCAGGUGUGACCCCAA